CACAAAAGCCGCUUUCUCCGAGCUGCCCGCCGCGAGGCAGCGGCCAGCGAGGCACCCCACCUGAAGGCGGCUCAGACAGCUGAGUUGGUUUUGUGUCGGAGCUCCGCACCCCACGCGGAACCGACCCCGUGCUCAUGGCCCUGAUCAUGGAACCGGUGAGCAAAUGGUCUCCGAGUCAAGUAGUGGACUGGAUGAAAGGUCUUGAUGACUGUUUGCAACAGUAUAUUAAGAACUUUGAGAGGGAGAAGAUCAGUGGGGACCAGCUGCUGCGCAUUACACAUCAGGAGCUAGAAGACCUGGGGGUCAGCCGCAUUGGCCAUCAGGAGCUGAUCUUGGAAGCAGUUGACCUUCUGUGUGCACUGAAUUAUGGCUUGGAAACAGAAAAUCUAAAAACCCUUUCUCACAAGUUGAAUGCAUCUGCCAAAAAUCUACAGAAUUUUAUAACAGGGAGGAGAAGGAGUGGCCAUUAUGAUGGGAGAACCAGCCGAAAAUUGCCAAAUGACUUUCUGACUUCAGUUGUGGAUCUGAUUGGAGCAGCCAAGAGCCUGCUUGCCUGGCUAGACAGAUCACCGUUCGCUGCUGUCACAGACUAUUCAGUCACAAGGAAUAAUGUCAUACAGCUCUGCUUGGAACUGACAACAAUUGUGCAACAGGAUUGUACUGUAUAUGAAACAGAAAAUAAAAUCCUUCAUGUGUGUAAAACUCUCUCUGGAGUCUGUGACCACAUCAUAUCCCUGUCUUCAGAUCCUCUGGUUUCACAGUCAGCCCACCUGGAAGUGAUUCAGCUGGCAAACAUCAAACCAAGUGAAGGGCUGGGUAUGUAUAUUAAAUCAACGUAUGAUGGCCUCCAUGUAAUUACUGGAACUACAGAAAAUUCACCUGCAGAUCGGUGCAAAAAAAUACAUGCUGGCGAUGAAGUGAUUCAAGUUAAUCAUCAGACUGUGGUGGGGUGGCAGUUGAAAAAUUUGGUGAAUGCACUACGAGAGGACCCGAGUGGUGUUAUCUUAACUUUGAAAAAGCGACCUCAGAGCAUGCUUACCUCAGCACCAGCUUUACUGAAAAAUAUGAGAUGGAAGCCCCUUGCUCUGCAGCCUCUUAUACCUAGAAGUCCCACAAGCAGUGUUGCCACGCCUUCCAGCACCAUCAGUACACCCACCAAAAGAGACAGUUCUGCUCUCCAGGAUCUCUACAUCCCCCCUCCUCCUGCAGAACCGUAUAUUCCCAGGGAUGAAAAAGGAAACCUUCCUUGUGAAGACCUCAGAGGACAUAUGGUGGGCAAGCCUGUGCAUAAGGGAUCUGAAUCACCAAAUUCAUUUCUGGAUCAGGAAUAUCGAAAGAGAUUUAAUAUUGUUGAGGAAGAUACUGUCUUGUAUUGCUAUGAAUAUGAAAAAGGAAGAUCAAGUAGUCAAGGAAGACGAGAAAGCACCCCAACUUAUGGCAAGCUACGACCUAUAUCUAUGCCAGUGGAAUAUAAUUGGGUGGGGGACUAUGAAGAUCCAAAUAAGAUGAAGAGAGAUAGUAGAAGAGAAAACUCUCUACUCCGAUAUAUGAGCAAUGAAAAAAUUGCUCAAGAAGAAUACAUGUUUCAGAGAAACAGCAAAAAAGACACAGGGAAGAAGUCUAAAAAGAAGAGUGAUAAGAGUAAUAGCCCGACCCACUAUUCAUUGCUACCUAGUUUGCAAAUGGAUACAUUGAGACAAGACAUCAUGGGCACCCCUGUGCCAGAGGCCACACUGUACCACACAUUUCAGCAGUCCUCCCUGCAGCAUAAAUCAAAGAAGAAAAACAAAGGUCCUAUAGCUGGCAAGAGCAAAAGACGAAUUUCUUGCAAAGAUCUCGGCCGUGGUGACUGUGAGGGCUGGCUUUGGAAGAAGAAAGAUGCAAAGAGUUAUUUUUCACAGAAAUGGAAGAAAUAUUGGUUUGUCCUUAAGGAUGCAUCCCUAUAUUGGUAUAUUAAUGAGGAGGAUGAAAAAGCAGAAGGAUUCAUCAGUCUGCCUGAAUUUAAAAUUGAUAGAGCCAGUGAAUGCCGCAAGAAAUAUGCAUUCAAAGCCUGUCAUCCUAAAAUCAAAAGCUUUUAUUUUGCUGCUGAGCAUCUUGAUGAUAUGAACAGAUGGCUUAACAGAAUCAAUAUGCUGACUGCAGGAUAUGCAGAAAGAGAGAGGAUUAAGCAAGAACAAGAUUACUGGAGUGAGAGUGACAAGGAAGAAGCAGAUACUCCAUCAACACCCAAACAGGACAGUCCUCCGCCACCCUAUGAUACAUACCCGCGGCCUCCCUCUAUGAGUUGCGCCAGUCCUUAUGUGGAAGCAAAACACAGCCGCCUCUCCUCCACAGAGACCUCUCAGUCUCAGUCCUCUCAUGAGGAGUUUCGUCAGGAAGUGACUGGGAGCAGUGCGGUGUCCCCCAUUCGCAAGACAGCCAGCCAGCGCCGCUCCUGGCAGGAUUUAAUUGAGACGCCCCUGACAAGCUCAGGAUUACACUAUCUUCAGACUCUGCCUCUGGAGGAUUCUGUCUUCUCUGACUCCGCGGCCCUGUCCCCAGAGCACAGGCGGCAGUCCACCCUUCCAACUCAGAAAUGCCACCUGCAGGAUCACUAUGGGCCAUACCCCUUAGCCGAGAGCGAGAGGAUGCAAGUGUUAAAUGGAAAUGGGGGCAAGCCUCGAAGUUUUACUCUGCCUCGAGAUAGCGGGUUCAACCACUGCUGUCUGAAUGCGCCGGUUAGUGCCUGUGACCCGCAGGAUGACGUGCAACCCACAGAGGUGGAGGAAGAGGAGGAGGAGGAGGAGGAAGGGGAGGCAGCAGGGGAAAACAUAGGAGACAAAAGUGAAAGUAGGGGAGAAAAGUUAGGAGAUUCAUUGCAAGAUUUAUACAGGGCAUUGGAGCAAGCCAGUCUGUCACCACUGGGAGAACAUCGCAUUUCAACCAAGAUGGAAUACAAGCUAUCAUUCAUAAAGAGAUGUAAUGAUCCUGUGAUGAAUGAAAAACUGCACCGGCUGAGAAUUCUCAAAAGCACUUUAAAGGCCAGAGAAGGGGAAGUGGCCAUUAUCGAUAAAGUCCUAGACAAUCCAGACUUGACAUCUAAAGAAUUCCAACAGUGGAAGCAGAUGUACCUCGAUCUUUUCUUGGAUAUCUGUCAAAACACCACCUCAAAUGACCCAUUAAGUAUUUCUUCUGAAGUAGAUAUAAUCACUUCCUCUCUCACACACACUCAUUCAUACAUUGAAACGCAUGUGUAA